AUGAGUGUAGAGCGAGAAUUGGAUAUGGAGCCAGAACUGAGCUCUAGGGAACCCUCACAAAGAAAGGACGAAGAAAGCAAAGAAAACUGGCACAAGAGUCUGAGAAGGAGCAGUCACAGAGCAUUUGGGGGUGGUGUCGGUAAACAAGGUAAUUUGCUUAAAAAUAAGGCACUGAUCGUUUUGAUUAUAACCUUCUCACCCUUGGAAUUGAACAAGAGCCUAAGGGAUGAUAGGAUGCACCAUGGCCUAGAAUGUUUGAGGCUGCCAGUGAUAUCUCUGUUUAACCUGACAGACUCCCUUCUGGUUACAAUCUUUUUGUUUUUGAUCUUUUGGAUCCUGGUAGCUAAAAGUAUUCAGGACCUUCUAAAGGGAGUGCUCACUGGACUUAAACUGAAGAAGAAGAAGAAGAACAAAGGCGAGAAGGGGUUAACCCUAACAAAUAAAGGCGCCCAAGAAGGGCCCAAGGAAAAUGAAGGCUCCCAGGAGGCAGCCCCUGGACAAGGAGAAGGAGGUGUUGAACCACUCAACAGUAACCCAUCCGUGGGAUCUCCAUCUCUGGGUUAUGUGAAGAAAAGAUCCAAACUGGUGACCAAGACUCAUGACGGGGAAGCCAAGUUCCAGAAUUACCAAAUCAGCAUAACCAUCAUCGAAGCCCGGCAUCUGGCGGGCGAAAAUAUCGAUCCCGUUGUGAUCAUUGAGGUCGGGGAUGAGAAGAAGCAGACCUCGGUCAAAGAAGGAACCAACAGCCCAUUUUACAAUGAAUAUUUUGUGUUCGACUUCGUCGGGCCCCAAGUACAUCUGUUCGACAAAAUUAUCAAAAUCUCGGUCAUGCACCACAAGCUCAUCGGAAGCCUGAUGAUUGGCUCCUUCAAAGUGGACGUGGGGACAGUUUACAGCCAACCAGGUCAUCAGUUCUGUGACAAAUGGGCCCUUCUCACCGACCCCACUGACAUUAGAACAGGAGUCAGAGGCUAUCUGAAGUGUGACAUCAGCGUUGCUGGGAGAGGAGACACAGCACUUACCAGUCAGAAAACAUCAGUUGCUGAUGAACACAUAGAAAAGAACCUUCUGAUCCCAAAGGGAUUUCCAUCGGAGAGGCCUUGGGCCAGAUUCUAUGUGAGGAUCUACAGGGCUGAAGGGCUACCCAAGAUGAACUCCAGUAUCAUGGCCAAUGUCACCAAAGCAUUUGUAGGAGAUGGCAAAGACCUUGUGGAUCCGUUUGUGGAGGUCAUGUUUGCGGGUCAGACGGGUCGAACCACAGUGCAGAAAAAUUGUGCAGAUCCCAUUUGGCACGAACAGAUCAUCUUCAAAGAGAUGUUCCCUCCCUUAUGUCGAAGAGUUAAAAUCCAGGUGUGGGAUGAAGGCAGCGUGAACGAUGUGGCUCUGGCCGCACAUUUUGUCGACUUGAGGAAAAUUUCCAACGAGCAGGAUGGAGACAAAGGGUUUCUUCCUACUUUUGGACCAGCUUGGAUCAAUCUGUAUGGCUCUCCCAGGAACCACAGUCUAGCAGACAACCAGGAUCUGAAUGAAGGUUUUGGGGAAGGAGUCUCUUUCCGGGGCCGGAUUCUCCUAGAGAUUGCCGUGGAGAUCCUGUCAGGGGGAUCGCAAGAAUCUAAGUUUUCCAAGGUUCUGAAGGCCGCCAAGCUGCCCUCCAAAGACAAGGACUCAAAGUCACCCCGAGGAUCGGCGAAGAAUGAGGAGGGUAAAUCUCACCCCACUUCCGACAAGACCAACACUACUGAGGUCGAAGUUGAGCCUUUCAGUGUGCCUCCUGAGAUUAUACCAGAAAAAUAUGAAGAUUUUCUUCUCUUUGGGGCAUUUUUUGAAGCCACUAUGAUCGACAAGAAGAUUGGAGAUAAGCCAAUUAGUUUUGAAGUUUCUGUGGGCAACUUUGGCAAUAUCAUUGACGGGGGUUCCCACCACGGAAAUAGGAAGAAGUCGGCCGAUAGCGUUGACGUGGAGAAAACCCCACUGCUUCACGAGGGCCAGGGCGAAUCGGCUCACAAGGCCUUGUCGCAGGUCUCCACCACGCAACCGGAGAAGCCGUUGUUGAUGGAAGGGAACAGGAACUACAACUAUUUGCCAUUUGAGGCAAAGAAGCCGUGUGUCUACGUGACCAGCUCCUGGGAAGAUCAGACCUUCAGGCUCCACUGGUCCAAUAUGCUGGAAAAAAUGGCAGACCACCUGGAAGAAAGUAUAGAAGAAACAAAAGAACUGAUCAAAUUUUCAGAGGAGGCAUCGGAAAAGAAAGUAAAGGCUGCUUUCAAUGAUUUCAUCAAUCAAAGCAGAGUCUUUGUCUCUCAAGCGGAAGAAAGCCCCAAGAAUGGAACCACUUUGGACAAGAAAAGACUCACCCUGCGUUGGCAAGAAAUGAAGGCAAUGGCUACUGAGGCUGAGGGAUUUAUUCAACAACAGAAGAAGUUGGCUAUAGAUGAGAUGAUUGGCGAAGCCCAAAACUAUAUGGAGAAAAUCCGGUUCUUAGUCGAUGAGCCGCAGCACACGGUUCCCGAUGUGUUUAUCUGGAUGCUGAGCAACAACAAGCGUGUGGCCUAUGCGCGGAUUCCAUCCAAGGACCUGCUCUAUUCCCCCACCAGGAAGCAGAGAGGGAAGCACUGUGCCAAGAUUAAAACCCACUUCCUGAAGCCUCCAGGGAAGCGUCCGGCCGGCUGGUCCGUGCAAGCCAAGGUGGAUGUAUACCUGUGGCUGGGGCCCACCAAAUAUUCCAGUGCCAUUUUGGAAAAUUUACCGGAUGGAUAUGAGACCGAACAGCCAACCAAAACUGAUACCUCAGGAAGCCCUCCCGUCAAACUGGUUUACCAUGACAAGCACCUCUUCCAGUUAAGAGCUCACAUGUACCAGGCCCGGGGACUCAUUGCCGCCGACAGCAACGGACUCUCCGAUCCCUUUGCCAAAGUCACGUUUCUCUCUCACUGCCAGACCACAAAGAUUAUCUCUCAGACGCUCUCCCCUACCUGGAACCAGAUGCUUCUGUUCAACAACAUCGUGCUUCACGGGGAUCAGAAGGACAUUGCCGAUAUCACCCCCUUGGUGGUGGUGGAGCUUUACGACUCCGAUGCUGUGGGUAAACCCGAAUAUCUUGGUGCUACAGUGGCCUCCCCAGUGGUGAAACUAGCCAACCUGGAGUAUGAACCUCCCAAACUUUCCUAUCAUUCAAUUUUCUGCGGCAGUCUGUAUGGAGGGGAUCUCCUGGCUGUGUUUGAACUGCUGCAGAUUCCUUCAUCUGGCCCCGAAAACCUGCCUCCUUUCGAUCCUCCUGACGUCAACCAGAUCUAUCCAGUCCCAGCCAACAUUCGGCCUGUGCUGAGUAACUACAGAGUGGAGGUUCUGUUCUGGGGUGUUCGCGAGAUGAAGAAGGUCCAGCUCCUUUCCGUAGAUCGACCGCAGGUGCUCAUCGAGUGCGCGGGGAAAGGCGUCAAGUCGUGUGUGAUCCAGAGCUACAAGAACAACCCCAAUUUCAACGUCCCAGCAGACUGGUUUGAUGUGGAGCUGCCGGAAGAUGAACUCCUCCACCCGCCGCUGAGCAUCUGCGUGGUGGACUGGAGAGCUUUUGGGCGCAGCACGCUCGUGGGCACCUACACCAUCAACUGCCUGAAGCAAUAUCUGAGUAAACCCAGGGAGCUGCCUGCCCCCGGCUCCCAGGAAGAGGCCGCCCAGGCCUCUCCAGACCCAUUUGAUGCAACGACGUCAUCCACGUCCACUGUGUCCCAGGACCCUCCCCCAGACCACGUCUACGUCGAGGUCGAACCACUGCCCCCUGAAGUGCCCGAUCCAGCGCUGGUUCAGACUGCUGCCCCUCCCCACUCGGACGCCCCGUCCGGACUGGCAUCCUCAAAGAAGGCUGCCCUCUCAAAGCUGGAUAAAGAUGGGAAAGCAAAGCCCUCUGAAAAGUCAUCCUGUACAUCCACCAAGAGGAGAAAGAGGAUCUUAGCCAAUGAGUCAGCCGAAAAUGUUAUCGAUUGGUGGUCUAAAUAUUAUGCAUCGAUGAAUAAAGCCCAGAAGGCAAAAAAAAAUCACCAGAAAAGCAGAAAAAGCAACAAUGUUUCCAAGACCAGCCAGGUGGUUAUAAAUGUGGAAGAUGGUCUGAAGAAGAAGAAAGAUAAGCAACUAAAGAAGAAACCAAAAGAAGAAAUGGAAAUACCCAACCUAGCAGUCAUGCAGAUAUAUGACGGAGAGCUGGAGAACGAAUUUAAUAAUUUUGAAGACUGGGUGAAAACUUUUGAACUCUUCAGAGGCAAGUCCAGUGAAGAUGAUCACAUUAUUGAUGAGGACAGAGUAAUAGGAAAGUUUAAGGGUUCCUUCUGCAUUUACAAAACUCCCAAAGAUCACAGGAGUGAGGAUGGAGGGCUGCACCUACGAAUUCAGCAAGGAAUCCCCUCCAAUUCCUCGACUCAGGUCCUCAUCAGGGUGUACAUAGUGGCUGCAUUUAACCUCAGCCCAGCUGAUGCAGAUGGCAAAUCCGACCCGUAUAUUGUACUAAAACUGGGCAAUACCGAAAUUAAAGACCGGGAAAAUUAUAUCCCCAAACAGCUAAAUCCAAAAUUUGGAAGGUCAUUCGAGAUCCAGGCUACGUUUCCGAAGGAGUCUCUGCUCUCGGUCCUCAUCUACGAUCACGACCUGAUUGGGAUAGACGACCUCAUUGGAGAGACAAAGAUAGAUCUGGAGAACCGCUUCUUCAGCAGGCACCGAGGAGCCUGUGGCCUACAGCGCCACUAUGAAAUAGAAGGCUACAAUGCUUGGAGAGACACAAGCAAACCCACCGAGAUCCUUACCAAGCUCUGUAAAGACAGCCAACUGGAGGGCCCUAGCUUUCAGCCUGGGAAGAUCCAGAUCGGAAAACAAGUGUUCAAAGGGAAAACAGUCUUUACUGAGGAUGGCACUGAUGAGGUGGUUGAAUCAUACGAGCACCUGGCCUUGAAGGUUUUACACUCAUGGAAAGACCUCACAGAAGUGGGUUGUAAACUGGUCCCAGAACACAUUGAAACCCGGCCCCUAUACCACAAGGACAAGCCAGGGAUGGAACAGGGUCGCCUGCAGAUGUGGGUGGACAUGUUUCCCAGCGAUAUGCCUCCACCAGGACCGCCCGUCGACAUCUCACCUAGAAAGCCCAAAGGUUACGAAUUAAGAGUAACCAUCUGGAAUACAGAAGAUGUCAUUUUGGAGGAUGAGAAUUUCUUCACUGGGCAAAAAUCAAGUGACAUCUAUGUUAAAGGGUGGUUAAAAGGCUUGGAAGAAGAUAGGCAGGAGACGGAUGUGCAUUACAACUCCCUGACAGGAGAGGGGAACUUCAACUGGCGUUUCCUGUUCCCAUUUCAAUACCUCCCGGCUGAGAAGCAAAUGGUCAUCAGCAAGAGAGAAAACAUCUUUUCCUUGGAGAAGAUGGAGCGCAAGCUUCCAGUCGACCUUGUGCUCCAGGUUUGGGAUUUUGAAAGGCUUUCCUCAGAUGACUUCCUGGGCUCCCUGGAAAUGAACCUCAACGGAUUCCCACGAGCAGCGAAAUCUGCCAAAGCCUGUGACCUCAGCAAGUUUACCAACCUAAGCGCAGAAAACAAAAUCUCCAUCUUCCAGCAAAAACGUGUGAGGGGUUGGUGGCCUUUUGCCAAAGCUGGAGAACUCACUGGCAAAGUAGAAGCAGAGUUCCAUCUAGUGACUGCGGAAGAAGCUGAGAAAAACCCCGUCGGAAAAGCCCGAAAAGAGCCUGAGCCCCUGGAAAAGCCCAACCGCCCAGACACAUCCUUCUCCUGGAUUGUGAGUCCUUUCAAGUGCCUCUACCACCUCAUCUGGAGGAACUACAAGAAGUACAUCAUCAUCGGGCUGAUCCUGCUCAUUCUGAUCAUCUUCCUCGUGCUCUUCAUCUACACCCUCCCCGGAGCCAUCAGCCAGAAGAUUGUCAUAGGACGCUAAGGGGCUGUGAGGAUCCAUUUGAAUUCACCACCGAUGUGAACGGCGGGAAGGAGUGAGAGACUUUGUCCAACUCCAGCGAAUGAUACAGAUUAGCUCGCAUGUGACUGGAGAGUCCGCUCGGCUCUAGCUGCAUAACGAUAAUAAUAGGAGCAAUCAAUCAAUCGUAUUUAUUGAGCACUUACUGUGUGC